GGAGACAAGUCAUAAAAAGUGCAGCAGACCAAGUGGAUCGCAACGCACUCGGCUCUGGACACAAGUAUUGAAGAGUGAACAGCGGAUCUGAGUGGACUCUGCCGGCCUAAAGGGUACCAGCAUGUCUGAAGUACAUGACAAUAUUUUCACAAAGAACCUUUUGAAUCUGGCCCUGGAUGAUGCCUUCCUCCCGAGACCGUCUCAGCUGAAAGUCCCAGGACAUGGUCGGCUGAACCGGUCUUCCUCGUUCUUCUCGCCCUCUUCCCCUCCUCCCUCCUCCAAUCUCAGUUUCAGCACUGAGCAUAUCGACGACGAUGACAGCGGCGGCUCGCUGUGGUCAUCAAACAUCUGGAGUCAUCCCCCCGGACUCCAAUCAAAAGCGUCCGGCCUUCAGGUACGCUCCAUGAGCCUGACUGAGUCCAGCAUCUCCCCGCUCUCCUCCUUUGGACAAUUCAAGAACCUGGAAGCGUUUCCCUCCGGACCCGUCACGACUGUGGCUCCUCCACCGGGGUUCCCUCCCGCAGCCAACCUGCCCGCCCAGCUGCCACCCAUGCUGUCCUCCAACCGCUACAAAACUGAGCUCUGCCGUGGCUUCCAGGAGACAGGCAGCUGUAAAUAUGGCAGCAAGUGCCAGUUCGCCCACGGUGAAGCGGAGUUGCGUGGAAUGUAUCGCCACCCCAAGUACAAGACGGAGCCUUGCAGAACCUUCUACAACUUCGGGUACUGCCCAUAUGGUUCUCGCUGCCACUUCAUCCACGAGGAAAAAAUCAGUGAAGGCCAACUAACAUCUGGCAAGUUCCAAACUCGACGCCAGCCAACUCCCAACGCGGCCGACGCUCAGAAUCCCCGCCACCAACUCCGCCAGAGCGUCAGCUUUGCAGGGUUCCUCGGCUCGUCACGGACCUCCCCUCCACCGUCGUUCCCCACAUCCUUCACUGAUCCAAAUCUGGGCUUCAGCAGGGCUGCUUCUGUGUCUCCGCCUCCAGCGGAUCUGAUGUCCCCAGUGUUUGGCGACUCCCUCACACGGGAAGUAGCAGCAUUCCAGUUUGGCACCCAUCAAAGCCGUGCCAGCUCCGGAGACAUCCACAACAUUCCUCUCAUAGUGGAACCAAAAGCCUCGCGCUGCAUGUGCGGCCACGGGAAUGACUUCUCUGCUUUGCACGGCAACAACGGCAGAGGCUUUGCCAAGAUGGCGGAAGGGAACCAACGCGAGAGCAACGCCUUGUUUGCGGGUUCCGGCCAUGGUGGAUCAAUGAAGCAUGCUAGUCUCCAGCGUUUCUCCUCAGAGGACUCCCUAGAAGACAGCUACAGCAGCAGCAGCGGAGGUUCCAGCGGGUCUGAGUCUCCAACCUUCGACGGAUCGGCCACCAAGAGGCUCACCGUAUUUGAACGCCUGUCCUUGUCCGACUAAGGGAAACCGCAUAAGAGAACUGUGUCUGUCUCGUCUUUCUUCACAACCAGAACUGAUCAGGACAAGUCAUCUUCCGGUGACACAAUAACACUUAACGUUCUUAAUUCGCGCUUGUCAAAUCCGAAACCGUCUCGGACAAAGAGAUCACUGUAGCGAUACGACCGCAAAUCGUCGUUACAAGCGUAGCAAAUCAGACCUUUUGUGCGGUCUUCCGGCGAUUGUGACCGGACCAGCGGUUUUUGGCCCGUUUUGCCAAUUUACACCUGCAGUGAUCAAAAUGGCAAAAGUCUGUUGUAAUCGUGCCUGAAAACAUUCUCCCUGCCUCCCAGGCUAGUGCUCCUCAGUGCCAAGAACAGUAUGUUUGAUCCCGUGGCCUUCGUGAGGAAGACCUCACGUGUGGAAUUGAUCUGUGACAUGCACUUUAUAGCAAAUUUGAGAGGGAGAAAAGAAAAAACUGCCUCCCGGUAGCAUUCAACCAAAGCUUUAUACUUCACUCUGCUGUGUGUGUAUGUGCGUCCGUGUGUGUGUGUGUGUGUGGGCCAGCGUGUUUGUGUGCGUAGCGACCAGGGGCGCGAGUGGAUGCAAGAUCAAAGUGUGCGACACAAAAUGAGAUGUCAAAUGUAAAUACGUGACCCACUUUUGAAACAUUUUGUAAUCUUUUGGCGCUUUUCUUAACGUCACCUCUUCUACGGUCCCCUGUUUGAUCGACAGCCUGGUUCAGGGACUUCAACACAGUAUUCCUUUUGGUCAUUGGUUGCCUCGCAUUGUUUAACUUAAAAGUAAUAUAUUUAUUGUCGUAUUUAUUUUCUGUUUAAAUGGAGAAAAAAAAUGUAUUUUGUACUUUAUUUAUGAAGAAUUAUUCCAAGGUCUGUGAAAUACCAAUGUGAGAAAAGGGAGUUAAAAAAGAGAAUCUUAUAUUUUUAAUUGUCCAAAAGUGUCAAAUAAAUUUCUGAAUAAGUACA